AAUGUUGGGCACAUGCAUUCACAAAGCGCAAAUUUUUAGCAAAUACACAUUCGUCACAACGUAUCAAAAGUAUAAAUCGUGUUAUAAAGUUAGAAGCAAACUCAGAAAAUUCUUUAUGUCAACUUCAGGCUGGAAUAGAUUUGCGACUUAAAGAUGAGAUUAAGUAUGCAAAGUUGCAAGAAUUUAGAAACAUGAACCCCACCACUAGACUUCUGCAUGUUUCUAAUACAAUUUUUAAGGAAAUUGAUAAUAUGUGUAUAAAAUAUCUUAUACUAAAUUCGUUAGCUUUACAACAGAAACAAAUGUUAGAAAGCUUUCUAUAUAGGUCUUUACUACGUGAUAAUGAGCUUAAUGUUAAUACUAGUCAGCAAUUAGAUCAUAAAGUGGGUGAUCAGGAAUUAUCUAUCCAGCUAGUACAAAGUAAAAGUAAAUCACUCCCAACUAUAACAUUUGAAGUAUUAGAAAGGAUUCGCAGACAAGAAGUUAAUAGUAAAAUUGCUAUAAAAUUAGAUUCAAAAAAAGUUUCUUAUAGUCAUGGUCUAGAAAUUUGUAAAAAAGCAUUAAAUAUCACGAUUAUGAAUGGUACAAAUAAGGUUUUAGAGGACCUUCUGCAAUGUUUUAUUGACGAACAAGUUUCAGCACAAAGUAGUGACAUUGCUUCAAAUUUAUCUGAACAAGGCAUAG